GAGAGUUUUGGGGGAAUUAUUUAUCCAUUGCACAAAAAAACACUACACCUAAAUAUGGCUGCAACUGAUAAUCACUUUAAGCUUACAAUGCUCCUCUUUGGGUUGCUCUUCGUCACCUCUCUUCAUCUCACAGCUGGCCAGGUUGGCACAUUCUUCGGACGGCUGGGCACCAACGUGCCCGGCCCGGCCGCAACGGUGCCCCUGUACCAACAGAACAACAUCCGCAGGAUGCGUCUCUUCGACCCCCACGCCCCGACUCUCCGCGCCCUCGGCGGCACCAACAUCCGCCUCAUGAUGGGCGUCGCCCACUCCGACCUACGUGAUCUCGCCAACUGCCCCCAGGCGGCGACCGCCUGGGUCCGCAGCAACAUACUCCGCUUCCCGAACGUCACGUUUCGCUACAUCAUCGUCGGGAACGAGAUCGACCCCAAUUCUGAGCUGGGGCCGUUCGUGUUCCCGGCGAUGCAGAAUGUCUACCGCGCCAUCCGCGCGGCCGGGCAGGGAGGCCGGAUCCAAGUCUCGACGUCCAUCCAGAUAAACCUCCUGAGCCAGUGGAGCCCACCCCAGGCAGCCGCGUUCAAGUGCAGCGUGAACUGGUUCAUCCGGCCGAUACUCGAGUUCAUAAGGGACACCGGAGCCCCGAUGCAUAUCAACGUGUUCCCGUUCUACGCCUACCUCAACGACCGGAGGAACAUCAACCUCUCCUUCGCGCUUCUGCAGCCCAACAGCGGCGUCGUUCUCGGCGGCGUCUACUACGACAACCUCUUCUACGUGAUCCACGAUGCCUUCAUUGCCGCCAUGACCAAGAUCCUUACGGCAGCAUCGCCAUUAUCCCUUCAAAAAAAAACUGAAUCGGAUGUAAAAGUGGGGUCUAAGGUAACGUCUGGUCAACCAAGCCCGCCACCGCCACCGCCAUCGGCACCUCAUCGAAAUGGAAACAUUCCAUUCGACGAUGGAGAGCGCAACACAACAGCUCUCAGCGAUGGACCCAUCUACACGGUUAACAAUGCAAGAACCUACAUCAACAAUUUGAUGCGCGUAGUGAGGACUGGAACACCGAUGAGGCCCGGCCAGCCUAUAGAGACGUACAUAUUUGCUAUGUUCGAUGAGAAUCUAAGGCCCGGCCCGGACUACGAGAGGCAUUUCGGUAUCUUCCUUCCCAACGGCCAGCCCAAGUUCCCGUUUCGGUUCCAGUGAUUUCUUAAGUGUGUGUGUCGUACAUGGUGGUGUGAACGAGUUUGCCGUGUGCGUUUAGACUGUACUCCCUCUGUCCACGAACUAGUGUCUUGUUUACUUUUAGCAAGAAUUUUAAUAAGUGCAAUAGGAUAUCCAUAUCCUACUUUUAUUGUAAUUUCAAGUUGAUUAAUGUAGUUGGAUGUGUUGUGAGUGAAA